ACUCCCGACCCGGGUAAAUUCCAUCACAACCCACAUAAAAAGGAAAUAUGAGGAAAAUAAAAACAAGAAGUACGACAGCUUCUGGUUCCGCUUACUUCUCUUGACUAACAUAAGAAAGAACAAGGAAUGGUAAACUUAAGUUUGAACGUGGCCGUUGAAGAUAUAUGAAGUUUACAUGGCCAUGUAAGAUGCAUCUUACUUCAUCAGUUCCUCUUUUAACUCACGGUAGCUGUUUCAGACUUUGUCUAAACCACAGACACUUAAAAUUUAUAUGUUGUUCCAGAAUGGACAAUUAUAAAAGACUCAAGCAAGGUGCUUUAACAGAAUUCAACAAGAAAAACCCCAUUUUUAAGUACCCAUUUCUGUCUAAUAGUGGACAAGAGCUUACCUCUGGGUUACACAACCACGCAAUUCAGGGGUAUUGCAAAUUAGGGGAUGUAGAUAAUGCUAUGAAACUCGUCGCUCAUAUGGAGGCUAUGGGUUUUCAUCCAAAUUCUAUUUCUUAUGGUUUUCUGAUUGAGAGUUUGGGAAGUGUUGGUAGGACAUUGGAAGCUGAUGCUUUGUUUCAAGAAAUGAUAUGUCUUGGACUUAAGCCAAGGAUAAGGUUGUUUAAUGUUUUGCUUAAAGGGUUUUUGAGGAAAGGGUUGUUGGGGUUAGCAGUUAAGGUUCUGAUGGUAAUGGAUGAAAUGGGUGUUUGUAAAAAUCAGGAAACGUAUGAGAUUCUUUUAGAUUAUUAUGUUAAUGCCGGACGGUUGGAAGAUACAUGGAUGGUAGUUAAUGUAAUGAAGGAAAAAGGGAUUCAUCUGAAUUCGUUUGUGUAUAGUAAGAUUAUUUGUCUUUAUAGAGACAACGGGAUGUGGAGGAAGGCAAUAGGCAUCGUGGAGGAGAUUAGGGAGAAAGGUAUAUCUUUAGACAGGCAGAUCUAUAACAGCAUUAUUGAUACUUUUGGAAAAUAUGGAGAGUUAAGUGAAGCUUUAGAAGUCUUUGAGAAAAUGAAACAAGAAAGUAUAAGGCCUGACAUUACAACAUGGAAUUCUUUGAUUCUGUGGCACUGUAAGGCUGGAGAUCUCACCAAGGCUCUUGAGUUGUUUACUGAGAUGCAGGAACAAGGAUUAUACCCUGACCCAAAGAUCUUCAUGAGUCUUAUUAGUAGAUUGGGAGAGCUGGGGAAGUGGGGUAUAAUAAAGAAAAACUUUGAGAACAUGAAAUCUAGGGGACAUCAAGAUGUUGGUGCCAUUUAUGCGAUCUUAGUUGAUAUUUAUGGACAAUAUGGGAGAUUUCAAGAUGCUGAGGUUUGCAUAUCUGCUCUAAAAUCAGAAGGUCUCCUGCCUUCCGCUAGCAUGUUUUGUGUCUUGGCUAAUGCUUAUGCACAGCAGGGGUUUUGUGAACAGACAGUUAAAGUUCUUCAAAUCAUGGAGGCUGAAGGCAUUGAACCCAACAUUGUGAUGCUGAAUGUGUUGAUCAAUGCCUUUGGUAUUGCUGGGAGACAUGAGGAGGCAUUAUCCAUUUACUACCAUAUAAGAGACAGUGGUAUUAGUCCCGAUGUGAUUACUUAUAGUACUCUCAUGAAAGCUUUUAUUCGAGUGAAGAAAUUUGAUAAGGUUCCUGAAAUAUAUAGGGAAAUGGAAUCCUCUGGAUGCACUCCUGAUAGGAAGGCUAGGCAAAUGUUACAAACUGCCUUGAUGGUACUUGAACGGAGGCAUUGAGUUACUGCCUGACAGCGAAAAUUAAGGUUCUGAAAGCUAUUUCCUGAAUGCCCCAUUCAUUGCCUUGUCUUCAAGGUUGAGAUUUCAUCAAAAUUAAUCCUAGCACAAAUUAAGAUGGUAUUCUUGACAAAAAGUUGGAAACUGUGACAGAAAGAAGAUGAAAUGGACAAACAUGGGGAAAAGAGUGUUUAAUGGCAGACUUUAUAAACUCCUGAAGAAAAUUUUGGUUGGAAGCAGGUAGAAAUGUGACAUGAAGGUGUUCAGUAGGAUAAUAUAUUCACUUACAUAGGAUACAAAAUUAACUGUAAAUAGUGAAGAGUUGAUCUACUGUUUGGUCCCUGGUUUUUUAUUGCAGAUGAGGAGAGAAAGCCUAUGCUAAUAUAACUGCUAUCAUGUAAUGCCACUGGGCUUUACUAAUUUUAUCAGUGAGUUUCACCCGAUUUAAAUGAAAAGAAAGCUUUUGUUGAAGCAA